AUGCCGUCGCUAGCCCGUACUUACCGUACAGCUUCGCUCUUCUCGCGGAGUGCGACAAAGACAUACCUCAACGUCGCCCGCAGCUUCUCAACGACCUACCGCCGCAAUGAAAUCAACAAGAUAUACUCCUCUCCCGCUGCCGCAAUCGAGGGCAUGCAGUCCAACAGCACGCUCCUCUGCGGCGGCUUCGGCCUCUCAGGUGUCCCGGAUACGCUCAUCAAUCAAGUAAAAGACACACCGUCCAUCACCGGACUAACCGCCGUAUCGAACAACGCCGGUGUCGUGGGCUCAGGGCUCGGUCUGCUCCUCGAGAGCAAGCAGGUCAGCAAGAUGAUUGCAAGCUACGUAGGCGAGAACAAGGUGCUCGAGCAGAUGUAUCUCCACGGCGAACUCGAGCUCGAACUCACGCCCCAAGGCACGCUCGCGGAGCGCUGCCGCGCAGGCGGCGCCGGGAUCCCCGCUUUCUUCACGCCCGCGGCCUUCGGGACCGUCGUGCAGACCGGAGAGCUGGCAUUGAGGCAUAACCAAGACGGCUCGGUGGCGCAGUACUCCACGCCGCGCGACGUCAAGGUGUUCGGCGGGAAGUCAUACGUCAUGGAAGAAGCGAUCAAGGGGGACUACGCCUUCAUAAAGGCAUACAAGGCAGACCGACUGGGGAACCUGCAAUUCCGGUUCUCAGCGCAGAACUUCAACGGCGCGAUGGCGCGGAAUGCAAAGGUUACGAUUGUGGAGGCAGAGCACAUUGUUGAAUGCGGCGAGAUCGAGCCGCAUGCUGUUCACGUCCCGGGCAUCUACGUCGACCGCGUGAUACAGUCCACCGCGCAGAAGAACAUCGAGAAGGUGGUCAAUGCGAAAGACCCCAAGGAUGCGGUCAGCGCGCUGGGUGCAGGUGACGCCGCGAACAAGCGCGAGCGUAUCGUGCGCCGAGCAGCGAAGGAGUUCAAGAACGGCAUGUACGCCAACCUGGGUAUCGGCAUGCCGAUGCUUGCGCCGUCCUUCGUGGACCCCUCCAUCGAGCUGCAGCUUCAGUCUGAGAAUGGUAUCCUUGGUCUUGGGCCGUAUCCGCAGAAGGGCGCCGAGGAUCCGGAUCUGAUCAACGCGGGUAAGGAGACGGUCACCCUCCUUCCUGGUGCGUCGACGUUCGGCUCGGAAGAGUCAUUCGGUAUGAUCCGUGCUGGAAAGAUUGAUCUUACGAUUCUCGGUGCUAUGCAAGUCAGCGCGAGGGGCGACCUGGCCAACUGGAUGUUGCCGGGUAAGGUGAAGGGCUUCGGUGGAGCGAUGGACCUGGUCAGCAACCCGUCGGCGACGAAGGUUGUGGUGACGAUGGAGCACACGGACAAGAAGGGAAGGCCGAAGAUCUUGAAGCAGUGCGAGUUUCCGUUAACCGGGAAGGCGUGCGUGAGCAGGAUCAUCACUGACCUGUGUGUGUUCGACGUCGACUUCACAGAGGGUCUUACUCUGAUUGAGGUAGCGGACGGCGUUACUGUUGAUGAAGUACGGUCAAAGACUGGCGCUGACUUCAAGGUUGCCGACCCCGUGAAGCCUAUGUUGUAA